AUGGCUGUUUUACAAACAUCCAUCGCGAUCUUUAUCGCCCAUAUCUUCCUAUUGCUCGGUUUACCAGCCUCUUUGGUCGCAGCUGUGCCUGUCGCAGUUCCGGUCUCCCCUGUUCCCAACGUGUUGGCGACUACUCAAAAGACAACCGCCGCCUCAAGCUAUUGGGUCGCCGAUAUUGAGCGCCAGGGUGUCGUCCCCUUCGCAAAGAGCACCGACUACAAGAUCUUCCGAAAUGUGAAGGACUACGGUGCUAAGGGUGAUGGCUCCACUGACGACACUGUCGCUAUCAACAAGGCUAUUUCUUCUGGAGGUCGAUGUGGCAAGGGCUGUGAUUCCUCUACUACCACACCUGCUAUCGUCUACUUCCCACCUGGUACCUAUGUUGUCUCGAAGCCCAUCGUCCAGUACUACUACACCCAGAUCGUCGGUGAUGCUGUCGAACUGCCCAUCAUCAAGGCCUCCGCCAAGUUCGCGGGUAUGGCUGUGAUUGACUCCGAUCCCUAUGAGGACAACGGUGACAAUUGGUUCACCAACCAGAACAACUUCUUCCGCGCCAUUCGCAACUUGGUCAUUGAUCUGACCAGCGUUCCCGCUAGCUCUGGUGCCGGUAUCCACUGGCAGGUCGGCCAGGCUACCAGCUUGCAGAACAUUCGCUUCGAGAUGGUCAAGGGUGGUGGUGACGCCAACAAGCAGCAGGGUAUUUUCAUGGAUAACGGAUCUGGUGGUUUCAUGUCCGACUUGACUUUCAACGGCGGUAACUACGGCAUGUUCCUUGGUAACCAACAGUUCACUACCCGUAACUUGGUAUUCAACGACUGCCAGACUGCCAUCUUCAUGAACUGGAACUGGGCCUGGACUUUCAAGUCCGUCAAGAUCAACAACUCAAGCUCACCAACAACCCCCACUGGUAUCGUCACUGCUUGGACCCAAAAGAGUAUCCCCGUUGGCGGUGGUGACCUCAUUUUGGAUAAUGUGGACUUCUCUGGCUCCAAGGUUGCUGUCGCUGGCGUUGAUGGCAACACCAUCCUGGCAGGUGGCUCUGUUGUUGACACCUGGGUCCAGGGUAAUACCUACACCCCGUCUAAGACCAUCAACAAGCGCGCCACCGAGGCUGAGCCUGAGCUGGUCACCGUUGUCGAGACUGUUACGGAGACUAUCCUUGCCUGUCCCGCUUCCUACGGCCUUCCCAGCGCUAGCCAUGUGGGAAGCGACGUUCCUGCCCCCGCGAAGACUGCGUCCAUUGGAUCCGCCCCCGCUCCUUCGCCUGCCCCGGUUGCUAGUAGCAGCGGCGAUACUGACCGCACUGGUAACACUGGUUCAAUUCCUGCGCUGAACAGUGUUCUCUCUAUUCUCGGCGGAGGCUCUUCUGAGGCUUCUCAAGUCUCGGAGCCCACUCCCGCAGCUGCUCCUUCCACCGAGGCCCCUGUCACUUCCGCGGUGUCUGUUGGUUCUUCGCCUUCCAGCAUCGCCUCUGCCAAACAACCCUCUGUUCCUGUCACAUCUCCUGCUGCGCCUGCUAAGACCACUAGCAGCGGCUCCCAAUCUGGCAGUGAUAGCAGCACCGCCACUUGCGGUGCCACGGCUCCCGUUUCCUCUGCCCGCACCCAGAGCACUUUGAAGACUGCUUCUAAGCCCGCUAGCCUGCUCAAGGGCGGUGCUAUCUUUGAAAGGUCCAAGCCUCUGUACGAGGAUGUCGCAGCCUCCUCUUUCGUCAGCGUCAAGUCUGCUGGUGCCAAGGGUGACGGAACCACUGACGAUACUGAGGCUAUCCAGAAGAUCUUUGACAGCUACAAGGAUGGUCAGGUCAUCUACUUUGAUCACGGUGCCUAUGUCAUCACCUCCACCAUCAAGGUUCCUAAGGAUAUCAAGAUCACUGGUGAGAUCUGGCCUAUGCUUAUGGCACACGGCAAGAAGUUCGCCGACCAAGAGAACCCCGUUCCUGUCUUCCAGGGUGCCGCCCCUGGUGCCAUCCUCAUGGAGUGGAACGUUGCUGGCUCUUCUCAAGGUUCCGCCGGUAUGUGGGAUGUUCACUUCCGCAUCGGUGGUGCCGCUGGCACCGAGCUGCAGAGCGACACCUGCCCCAAGACCCCCAAGGAGAAGACCACCCCCAAGAAGGAGUGCAUGGCCGCCUUUAUGCUUCUGCACAUCACCCAGAAGGGUAGCGCCUACCUCGAGAACACCUGGUUCUGGACCGCCGAUCACGAGCUCGACCUCAAGGAUCACAACCAGAUCAACGUCUACACCGGCCGUGGUGUGCUUAUCGAGUCGCAGAACCCCGUCUGGCUGUGGGGUACCUCCUCGGAGCACCACCAGCUGUACAACUACCAAGUCUCAAGCGCUAAGAACGUCUUCAUGGGCCUCAUCCAAUCUGAGACUCCAUACUACCAAUCCAACCCGACCUCGUUGACCCCUUACACCCCGCAAAACUCUUGGAAUGACCCCGACUUCUCGAACUGCACGACAAACUCCUGCCGCAAGGCCUGGGGUCUGCGUGUCCUCGGCUCCUCGGACGUCUUCGUCUACGGCGCCGGUCUCUACAGCUUCUUCGAGAACUACGCCCAGUCCUGUCUCAACUCUGAGGACUGUCAGGAGAACAUGGUCGAGGUUGACUGUUCGGAUGUCAAGCUGUAUGGUCUUAGCACCAAGGCUUCUGUCAACAUGGUUACCUCAUCCAGUGGCAAGUCUCUGGUCCCCCAGAAGCCGAACAAGAGUAACUUCUGCUCUACCAUCGCGCUCUUCGAACAGUCUGCUUAG